AUGCAAAGGCUAGCAAAUAAAAGUCGCAUGUACGUUGCGCUGAUUGCCUUGUGUUUCUUAGCGUGCCUACAAUGGAAACGGCUGUGUCUCGCAGGUCGGUCCGGGAUUUUCGCGGAGGUGAAAAGCCUUGGGCUGCCGUAUGGAGAAAAAGAUUCCAGCGUUCCGGCUUACCACGACAAGGCGUGCUUGGACAAAAAGAAGAUCCUAGAGAUUUUGCUUAAUGGUGGGAAAAACAUAUCGCAAAUUGAUUGUGCGUUACUCCCAGUAUGGCAGAAUAUUGUCGAAAACUACGGAGACGGACCGGUUGUCCACGGCCUCGACACUUGCGAGGCCUACCGAGAGAGCAUCUCCAACAAUUCUCAUCCAAUGCUACGUGUGGCUGGACUGUUCAAUUCUGGAACUAACGCUAUGGCAGCUCUAUUAGAGCUCAACGUGGAAGAAUUGGGGGGAAACUUUCAACAUGAAGUACCGUGGGGGAAGCAUCUACCAGUACGGUUUCGCAAGACCAAUAAAUUUCCGCCAAGAUCGAAAGUUGACUACCGACAAGUUAUGCCAGUAGUGAUGGUGCGGGAACCGUUCCGGUGGAUGAAGUCUAUGUGCAAAAGGAGUUACGGCGUUGAAUGGAUAAAGCCAAACAAUUUUAGUCACUGCCCGAUUUUGAUUCCCAAUGCUCACGAUAAACUGAAGCCCCGCUUUCGAGGAAAGAAAACGGCAGAGACCAAGGUCGGUCUUAACCAAGUGACAAACACGGUCCCCAUUCCUGUAGAGCAUUACGAUUCGCUUGCUAGUGUAUGGACAACGUUUUAUCAGGAUUGGAAUGAUGUCGACUUUCCGCAUCUGGUCGUGCGAUUUGAAGAUAUACUCUUUCAUGGUCCUCGAUUGCUAGAAAUUUUGAACGACUGUAUUGGCAUGAACGCCACUCAGAAGCCUUUUCGUCAUAAGAUGACACAAGCCAAGAAACACGGACGGUCCUCUGAUUUUGCAACGGCUCUUGCACAAUAUGGACCCGGCUUUCAGAAACUUCGUGGCCUCACACAGGACGAUAUAAACUUUGCUAGAGUCGCUUUGAACUCCUCCUUGCUGGAAACCUUCCAUUACCCGGCUGUACCUUUGUUCUAAGCAAAUACGGGAUUUUCACCGAUCCGAUUAAGUAUUGUUCUAACUGCUCUUGCAUUGCG